AUGGAUGCUAACGAAAAGCGGAAUACAGCCACAGUCGGGUUUGUAAUUGACCUGAGUACCAUCUUGAACUGGACAGAUUCUGGCCACUAUAUUCCUGCUGCUGGUGCGAGGGAGACCAUCUGUCGCCUCCAGAACAGUAGCAUCCCCUUUGUGAUCGCAACGACGAAAACUAAGUUUACCGAAACAGAAGUUGCGCGAUGGCUGUCGGUGGAAUUGGGUCUUGGUGUCGAUCGGGAAUGCAUUAUCCUGCCCCAGUCACCAUUCAGAACCUUUGCCAGCACCUACAGAGGCCGCACCAUACUCGCUGUCGGAGGCCAGGAGGAGAAAGUUCGCCGAUACGCUCUCAAUUAUGGA